AUGUCUAUAGCAACUUCUGAUUAUUCACGAAUUGAUGAUAAGGUUUGGCCAACUGCCAACCGCACUGGUCCCAAGGAGGAUCCGUCCAAAUACCAUUGUACGUAUGUGACGAAAAAAGUGGCUCUUGGUGAUGGCCAUUUCAGCGUGGUGAAGGAAUGUAUGAAUACAAUGACUGGAGAUAGAUAUGCUAUGAAACUGGUUCACAAGUCGUUGGUUAUGGAUAAAUUACAGUUGAUCCAGAGGGAAGUGAGUGUUUUGAAGAGAGUAAGUUCAUUGAUUAGGGAACUCGAGACUUUAAAUCAGAAAGUAGCAGGUUCUGGUAGUAAUCAUGGUGAUGUUUUCGAGGGUCAUCAUCACGUUUUGCAACUAUUCGAUUUCUUUGAGACUUCGAAGAGUAUCGUUUUGGUGACGCAGCUAUGUGAGUCGGAGGAUUUGUACGAUAAGAUUUUAAAUGCGGGUCAUUUGGAUCUAGAGACUCAAGUGAAACCGUUUACUGCGUGCUUGUUGAGUGCUUUGCAAUUUUUGCACGGUAAUGGGAUCAUUCAUCGUGAUCUUAAGGCUGAAAACGUUCUCUUUAGGUUGAAGACCAAGACGAACAUGAUUGAAUUACCUAGGGAUGAUGCUAUGUACGAUAAAUCGGCUCACGAUUUGAUUUUGGCAGAUUUUGGUUUGGCUAUAAGUACGGAAACUGGUAGUAAAGAGUUUGUCGGAACAAUCUCAUAUUUGGCUCCGGAACUCGUGGCCUGUAAGAAUAGUGGUAAACAGUCUAGUAUCCAGAAUGGUAGGUUAAAACCAUAUGGGACAGGUGUAGACGUGUGGGCUCUCGGUGUUCUAUGUUAUUUCAUGGCAUGUGGGUAUAUGCCGUUUGAUUGUGAAACUGACGCGGAAACUAUGGAAUAUAUCGCCAAUAGUGAUUAUUACAUGGAUGAGGAUAUGUCCAAAGAUGAUAAAUAUAAACAAUUUUGGUCGUUUUUGGAGAAAUGUUUCGAGGUGGAUAUGGAUAAAAGAGCUUCUGCGGACGAGUUAAGUGCACAUUCGUUCGUAUGUCCGCAAUAUUUCCCAAACAAGUCACCUACUCCAAUUAUCGACUCACCAAGGGCACCUGCUCUUAGGGUUUCAAAAUCUUCGACUUCUUUGCAUAGUCUUGAACCACCUUCAAGAUCAGCUAGUACUGUUUCCCUAAAUCUGAAUGAGCCCAUGAAACGUUCUGAUUCCAGAGAAGUCAAUCUAAACAGAAUCAGGGAGACGUUACGUAAAACAUUAUCGAUGACAUCAAUAAAGAGGGAACCUAAUGUGCUGCUAAAUGUGCCAAGUGGUAGUAAUUCAGCCAAUUUCAACAGAGCCAGCUCUACGUUGAAGUUAGAACCCGAGCCACCAAAUGUUGCAUUGAUGAACGGAUGUCUAUGCGCUACUCCAGAGUCGUGCUCAAAUUUCACCACAUCCCCAUCAAUGUCCAGAAAUGGAUCUAAGAAUAACCUUCAAACGGCAAUUGGAUCAUGGAAUGAAUCUAGCCUUUCGGGACUCAAUUCAGGAGCAACUUUAGCCUUUGACAGGAAUUCCUUCGAUUUUACCAAACUGAAUAAUACAUCUUUAUCGCCAUCGGUACCAACGUCAUCUUCUUCAAAUGAUGCAAGAAAAGAUAAGAUCGUUUUCCAACUCGGGGAAGAUGACUGA